GCUUCUCAGUUGCGCUUAUGGUUGAUGGUUGUGCUUUUCAGUUUUGUUUUGAUUCCACUUCAUGUGAUCGUGAAUUCAAAUGCUUUAGGCAAGAAAUCAAAAUAAUUACUUACGGAGUAAAUAUAAUACAACAAUGCCAGUAAAACUUAAAGAAAUAUUUGAUGUCGAAUCAAAACAUGGAGCAUUCUAUACAGGAGGGAGCAUUCAGUGGCUUGAGGACACUUUAUAUUGUCAAACAGAAUCUGUUAUCAAUUUAUUUGAUAUCGAGACAGGAACUGUUGUUAGAACAAUUGGUACAGUUGGAGAAUUAGAAGAAAUAGAUACCAUUCAAACCUUUACUACAGAUGGAGAUAAAAUUGUUUCUUCACAUAAAAGUGGAUUGAUGAAAUUAUGGAAUCAGAAUGGCGAAUUGGAAAAAAUGUGGAAAUACAUCCAUAAAGGUCCUUUGGCAAAACUAGCAUUAAAAGAUACAAGACUAGUAUCAGGCGGAUCGGAUAGUAUAGUUAGAGUAUGGGAUUUACAAUAUCAAGCUUGUAUAUUAAGUUUAAAAGGCUGUCAAGGUGUUGUUAAUGUUGUUGAGUUUAGUCCUAAGGAAAAUACAUUAUUUGCUUCAGGAGAUAGUGGGAAAAUAUAUUGUUAUGAACUGGUUAAAGGUGAAGUUAAAAACAUAUAUGACGGACACUACAGUAAAGUAACUGCUAUUGCUUUUACACACGAUAACCAGCACUUUGUUUCUUGUGGGAGAGAUAAAGUUUUAAUUUUGUGGCAACUCGGUAAAACAGUAGCUUUAAAAACAAUACCAGUGUACGAGGCUGUGGAAGUUGUAGUUAGUUUACCAUCGAAAUUUAAACUACCUGGAUUUAAAGCCGAUGCAGACAGUAUUUACGUCGCUUCUGGAGGUGAAAAUGGCGUGAUAAAAGUUUGGGACUUACUAAAAGCUAAAGAAGUCUUUGUACAGUCAGAUUCUAUGGUAUCAAAAGCAACAGAAGAGGGUGGGUUAUCCAUAACCCAUUUGAUGUAUAAUAAAAAAUCUAAGAGUAUAGCAGUUGUAACAUUUGAUCAUAAUAUUAUCAUACAUAAUUUAAAAUCAUUUGUUUGUUUAAAACAGUUUAUAGGUUUUUCAGAUGAAAUUUUAGAUAUUUCAUAUUUGGGCGAAAACGAUACACAUAUUGCAGUUGCGACAAAUUCAAAAGACAUAAAACUAUAUGAUAAUUCUACAAUGAGUUGUCAAAUAUUAAAAGGACAUGAAGAUAUUGUGUUGUCAUUGACUACUUGUAGGAGUAAUCAUAGUUUAUUAUUAUCAUCCUCUAAGGAUAACAGUAUUAGAUUAUGGCAAUUUGAUGGAGCCACUGCAAAAUGCGUAGGCGUUGGAAAAAGACAUACCGGGUCUGUAGGAUCAGUAACGUUUUCGAAUCUCUCCUCAGAAUUCUGCGUCUCAGCUAGUCAGGAUACCUGUUUAAAACUAUGGGAAAUUCCACAAGAUAUAAUUAACAAAAAUGGGAAAGAUCUAUCCCUCAAUUGUACCCACACAGCUAUAGCACAUCAAAAGGAAAUUAAUUCAGUAGCCGUCAGUCCAAACGAUAAAAUAAUCGCCAGCGCAUCUCAGGAUAAAACUGUCAAAUUGUGGAAUGAAAGGCUGGAAUUAAUGGGAGUUCUAAAAGGCCAUAAAAGGGGAGUGUGGUGUGUAAGAUUUUCACCUGUUGAUCAAGUGGUACUAACAUCUUCAGCUGACUGCACUGUAAAAUUAUGGUCUGUGGUCAAUUUUAACUGUUUAAAAACUUUAGAUGGGCACGAAUCUAGUGUCUUAAAAGUAGAAUUUUUAACUAAGGGCCUGCAAAUUGUCAGCGCUGGCGCAGAUGGUUUAAUAAAGCUCUUCAAUAUCAAAAAUUCCGAGUGUCAAUGUACUUUAGACCAACAUGAGGGCAGAAUAUGGGCUUUAGCUGUAAGAUCUGAUGAAUCAGAAAUAACAACUGGAGGUAGUGAUUCUUUUUUGAUAAAAUGGAAAGAUAUAACAGAAGAAAGAAAGCAACAACAACAAAAAGAAUUAGACGAAAUCGCAUUACAAGAACAGAAGCUAAGCAAUUAUUUGCAAAGUGAUAAUUUAUUGAAGGCAUUAAAGUUGGCUUUGAAAUUAAAUAGGCCGUUGCAGACCUUGAAAAUAAUAAACAGUGUUAUAAAGAAAGGAGAUACAGGUCUCACAGAAACCAUCAAAUCUUUAAGAAACGAUCAAAAGGAAAGUCUACUAAAUUGUGCAUUAGACUGGAACACAAAUAGUAGAAAUUGUCAACCAGCACAAUUAGUACUAAACAUUUUAUUGAAUGAAUUACAAACAAAAGAAUUCAGGCCUGUUGGUUUAAGUAAAAUAACUGAAGGUGCGCUACCCUAUACGGACAGACAUUUUAAAAGAAUCACACAAUUAAUGCAAGACAUCAAAUUUAUUAAUUAUACUGUAAAUUGUAUGCAACCUCAUUCUAGGAAUGUAAAUAUUGGACAAUAAGUUUUAUGAAUAAAACAUAUUUUUUAAAAAUAUUA